AUGAUUUCUCUUCGGUUGACACGGCUGGGACUUAGGACUGGCGCUGGUGUGGGGACGAGAAGAGGUGUUGCGACGGCUGCUGAGACACAGAAGAAGAAGGAUGAAGAUGCGAAACAGUUGGCUUCUCUUGAGAAGAUGGCAUCGUCGGACUUGCCCAAGGAUUUCGAUAUAAAGGCUCAGCAGCUGAUGAUCCUCGACUUGAGACUUCCCACCCCACUAUCAAAAUCUGCGCCUGGACUCCAAGGAAAGGUCGAUUGGGCAAAAGAAACGGUGCAGGAUAAAUUAAAGAGUAUCUGGAGCUUUCGAAAAGCAUACAAAGUCGGCCUCAUUCCUAAACCAUCCAUCCUCGAACGUCUCACCGCAUCUUCGAAACACCUAUCCUCCCACGCCCUCGCGGCAUACAAAUCCAUGAACUCUUCCUUUGCUCGAGGCGAUAUUAAAACCCUCUCGCGUGUAUGCAGUGAAGAACAGCUCAAGAAGUUAAGAGAGCGGAUAAAGGCGCGGCCCAAGGAUCAAAUGGUCGUUUGGAACAGUGAAGAGGGGGAUAGAGGAGAGGUCAAGAUGUUGAGCUUUAGGACUGUGGAUGCGUGGAACAGUAAAAAGCCAGAAGAUCAUUGUGCGCAGGUGUUGGUGAGAUUUGAUACAAAACAGGCUGUUGCGGUAUAUGGACCCAAAGGAAAGCUCUUAUCCGGGGAUCCAAAGAAAUAUGUUCCGGUUCGAGAAUAUAUCGUGAUGGAGAAGAAAAUGUGGGAUGAUAAUGACUGGACAUUACGGAAGUCUGUUGACCCUCCCAAAUGA